GACGGACCCGUCUGAUCGAGAAAUGUCAGAGCACGAAGAAGAUAUGCCAGUACGCAAGAAGGGUCGCACCUCCGGUCUCACCGUCGAGGAGAUAGAAAAGGGUGGAGAGACCAGUCUGAUCCAGGUGGGUUGAGCUCAACGACCUCAACUAGUCACAUACUGACGCGAGGUCAACAGAACUGCAAACUCGAUGCCUGUACUGAUUGGUUUAGCUCUCGCCUGUACAGUCUCAAGCCCGACUAUUUCCCAGGCUGGAACGAACGAGAGCCGAAGUGGGACGCAUUCCCGGAGAACGAACUGAAGAAAGUGACGGAGGAACUGGAGCAGCACGUGCGUCGGUUGGUCCCAGGAUUUCUCAAAGACAACGAGGCCGUCCUGAAGAAGGAGUUCAAGGACUGACUGUCAGCGAGAUGGGAACCUACGUUCAGUGGUCUUCGCUCAGGAGCCGACAAGCAGGACCAAGACUGGGUCCCUCGAUCUCUUCUGGAUGUGCUCUCAGACAGGCAGCACAAAAAAACGGACCAGAAAGUCUCAAGCGACUCCCCCCGGGGACCACAAGGCGUUUUUUGAGUCCUGUCGCCAGUUGAAGGGGUUUGUAGAAGGCGAGCAAGCUAUGGCAUCGCUUGCCUGCGGUGGUACUAUCCCCAUUGCCGUGCCGGGAACUGAAACCACCAGCCCAACCCCUGCUCCAGUGAAUAUCUUUUGGUCAACAAGCGACGAUUCAGUGGCGAACAAGUUGGUCCUGCCGGCCAAUGGAGCCACUCCAGAAUCCAGUAUGGAUGUACUCCAACGUCUGAUUUUCAACUGUGGUCCAGCUAGCUUCUGUCGAGGAAAUCAGGAUGUUAUGGAUCCAGAAUACCGCAAGGCCGUCAAGCUGAAUUCUGACCAGUUUGCCACAAAAUUCCAUCCAGUGGAUUAUGGGCUCAUUGAGCAUAUUGAGCAGAUCCUUCUCCCCAGCAUCUGCAGCAAGGAAGACAAGACGCAUCUGCGCAAGCUCCAUGCAGAACUCUACAAGUUUAAUGUUUAUUCAGGACCAUCUGGUCUGUUCCGCAAGCAUGUUGACACCCCACGCUCUGAGAAACAGGUUGGCUCUCUGGUGGUGUGUCUGCCCUUUCCAUUCAAGGGGGGAUGACUUGACUGCGUAGCACCAUGGCCAGGAAGUCAAGUUUGACUGGAGUGCCAGAAGUGCCUCCACCAUCCAAUAGGCAGCUUUCUACAGUGACUGCAAGCAUGAGAUCAAAACUAUCACUGAAGGUGAUCGGAUCACGCUCACCUACAAUCUAUACGUUACAGAGCCCCAGCUUCAGGGAGACAUGCCUAUUUUGGAUCCGAAGAAUCUUCCCCUGUAUGACUGGAUCAAG